GUAAACCGCGGCAAGCUGAUCAAUGAAGAAGAAGAGCAAGACGUAAAUGCCACAAAGUAGAACAGGAACCUAAUUAAUUAAUUGCUGACGUUAGCGAAUUGUUAACUAAACAGAUAACGAAUUGGCAGAGCAAUGGUUAACAAAGAGAACGCGCUCAGUGUGGGCCAGCAGGUGAAGUGGAUCGGAGGCCAAAACGUACUGCAGCCAGUGAAGAAUCUCGAACACAAGAACGUCUACUUCUACCAGAAGUGCAUCUAUGGUCCGCUGACUUUGACGGUGGGCGAUUUCAUAUUGGUGUCCAAUGCGGAUGCAGCCGAGCCGGACACAGUGGGUGGGUGCGACGUGGCCCAGAUCCUGUACAUGUACGAGCUGCGCGAACUGACCAAUCGCGAAACCUCCCGCGCCAUUGUCCAGUGGUACUCCUGGCCAAAGGCCAUUCCGCACAACAAAUUCGACGACGACAACGUGGCCAUUGACUUCAACCUGGAGGUGAUCGAGGAGCAUCGGCCGUACGACAACGACGUGGCCCUCGCCGCCAUCUACCGCAAGUGCAUCGUGCUGGAGGGCACUUCGCAGUCCUCCGCGCAGGAGAUCAUCAAGCGCCAAUCCACCAAACUAAAGUCCACGGCCAUUCCAAUGUUUGUCAGCCGGUAUAGGUUCGUCAAGGUGAAGCGGACCUAUCGCUUGAUUCCCUUGGAAAUUCACCUGGAGCAGCCGGAGGACAAACCUCGUUCGUCCCGCAAAUCCCUAACAGCUCACAAAGAAUCCAAGCGAUCAAACUCAGCGCGCAAGGAUGCCGAUGCUGGCACGCAGGAAAAGCGGCGUCGCGCCUCUGUGGCUGCUGCGAGUUCAGUGGAGUUCAUUGAUGUCAGCUACUUCAACUGCGAAAACAAAGUGUCGCCCAUUAAGAUCGUGGGCGGUCGCAGUGUGGUGCGGCUUUCGGAGAAGAAGAAGGCGGCUCCCGAGAUCAAUGCCAACUAUCUGCCGGCCUCACCGCUCACCGAGAAGAAUGCCAAGGUGGAGACGCCCAAAUCCCGGGCUUCGGCAGCAAGGCGCAACCUUAAUCUCAGCUUGGAUCGCGGAGCGGACACCACAGCCGACUCAGACUGCCUAAACUACUCGAUUGUACAGCAGACGCCCGAUCCCAAGACGCCAUCCAACGACAUGAAGAUCAAGCUGCGCAUUUCGGAGAGAAGGCGUUCAGUGCGCCUCGCCUCAAUGGAUGAAGAUCCCCUGUCGCUUGAUGAGCCCGCAGAAGCAACCAAUACCCAGGGACGCAAGCGAUUGGGUGUGACCAAUGGCGAUAUUUACCACACGCCCACCAAGAAGUCCAAGGAGCUGCUGGAUUCAGCUGUUGGUCCCGAUGUGACGCCUUCGACAAGGCGUAAGAGCAUUCUGAAGUCAACCACCAGUCGAUUGGCCGAGGGCACGCCCAGGCGUAGUAUUCAUCUGUCCAACAUUGUGGAACAGCGCGUGUUCAAGGAUGAUGAAAUUAUAUCCACUCCAAAAAGGGGGCGUACCAAGAAAACUAUCCAAGAUGAGGACGAGGAUUACUCGCCAAAGAAGACCGUUCAAAAGACACCUACACGAUCGCGCCGUUCCAGCGCCACGACCAAAGCAGCGACGACUCCCAACAAAGUGACAAGAAUCGCAACGGCUGCCCCGAUGACGCCCUCGCAGAAGAUGAAAAAGAUCAGGGCAGGCGAGCUAAGUCCUAGCAUGCAGCAGCGCACCGAUCAUCCGGCAAAGGACUCCAGCAAAUCGCAAUUGCAACUGGCACGCGAACAGCUUCACGUUUCAGUGGUUCCCAAAAGUCUGCCCUGCCGCGAACGGGAAUUUGAGAAUAUUUACUCCUUUUUGGAGGGAAAGAUCCAGGACCAGUGCGGUGGCUGCAUGUAUGUGUCCGGAGUUCCGGGCACUGGCAAAACGGCCACUGUGACCGGAGUCAUACGCACCCUGCAGCGCCUGGCCAAUCAGAAUGAGCUGCCCGCCUUCGAGUUUCUGGAGAUUAAUGGCAUGCGGCUAACGGAGCCGCGCCAGGCUUAUGUUCAGAUCUACAAACAGCUCACGGGCAAGACAGUGUCCUGGGAGCAAGCACACUCCUUGCUGGAAAAGCGCUUCACAACUCCGGCACCGCGUAGAGUCACCACUGUGCUUCUGGUUGAUGAGCUGGAUAUCUUGUGCAACCGGCGCCAGGAUGUGGUCUACAACCUGCUGGACUGGCCCACGAAGUCAGCGGCCAAACUAGUGGUGGUUACCAUUGCCAACACUAUGGAUUUACCUGAGCGCCUAUUAAUGGGCAAAGUCACUUCUCGUCUUGGACUCACCCGACUCACUUUCCAGCCGUACAGCCACAAGCAGCUACAGGAGAUCGUCACCGCGCGUUUGGGAGGAUCGGAGGCAUUUAAGGGCGAGGCCGUGCAAUUGGUGGCCCGCAAGGUGGCCGCCGUCUCGGGUGACGCUCGUCGAGCCCUUGACAUUUGCCGGCGAGCCACAGAAAUCGCCGAUACCGCUUUAGUAAAAUGCGUGACAAUGCUGCAUGUGCAACAGGCAUUGGCCGAGAUGAUAGCCAGUGCAAAGGUGCAGGCCAUCAAAAACUGUUCGCGGCUGGAGCAGAUCUUUCUGCAGGCUGUCGCAGCGGAGGUUACACGCACCGGAGUUGAGGAAACGACCUUCAUGGGUGUCUACAUUCAGAUGGAGACCAUCGCUGCCUUUAUGGGCGUGACCUUUCCCCCGCCAGGACGUGCUCUUCGCUUAUGUGCUAAGCUCGGCGCCGAGCGACUCAUCAUCAGCGAACACUCACGCAAUGAUCUCUUCCAGAAAAUCUUGCUUAACGUUAGCACCGAUGACAUUCACUAUGCCCUUCGCGUGGGAGAGGUGUCCAACUGACAGAGUAUUAAAAACAAGGGAAUGCAGAAAUCUUAGUCAAUACCUCCAACAUUUUUACUGUUUUGAACUUAUUUUAUAACACUCAACUGAAGAUUGCCAGAACUAUCAAAUUUCAUUUUGACCCAUUUAUACUUACAAUUACUUAUUAGUUAAUUAUCCACAACAUUGUAAUAGAUUAAGCGUUUUUAAAUUAAUUCUUAUUUAAGCGUCAUGUUUAAACAAUUUAAAGUACAAACUUGUUACUAAAAAUACUAAAUAGAACACCAGCACAGUGUAA